AAGUAUCAACCGCCAAUAUGCGCGGGUCCUGCCAGUGUGUAUUCGCUUUGCGGCCUAUGAUAGGAUGCUGCUCUUAAUGUACCGCAGUGUGACGUGCUGAUGCCAACGUCCCCAGUCAGAUCUUGCAUUCCUUGACGAACACGUCAACUCAUGGAUCUGAUCCAUCCGUGGCCCACAUCUGUUGGCUCCCAGACCUUCUGGCCGUUGCGAGGCAGGGGAGGUACAUCCCUUCUUCCUUUCCCAGUUACCCCCACCCCCCUCUGAGGAUGAUGUCGCUCCUUCACCUCAACUUGCGCUCCUUCACAAUCCUUUCAUUCAUUGCCCUGCAAUAUGUAGCCGUCGUCUCUGGGGAGAUUCGGACGAUCGACGACACGGAUGGCGAUUCUGUGACUGGGGCGACUCCGACGUACUCCAACGAGGACUGUUGGAACAAAGGCCCGGACUGCUCGGCGUGUACUUUCCAGCCGGACCCAUCGCAGGCGCACUACGGUACAUGGCACGACACGACGUCGAAUGUGUGUAACAACGCGUACGUCAACGGCACCUCGAGUCAUAGCGUCGCUUUCGAUUUCACUGGAACAUCUCUUACGGUUUACUGCAUAAUGAUAUCUCAAGGGCCGACGGCGGAGUUAAUGAACCUGACCUUCACUCUCGACGGCGAGACCAGUACCGCUGCGUUCCCACAGAGCGUCAGUGGAGCCACGUACGGUUACCAGUACAACUACUCCGUGUUCAGCCAAUCGUCCUUGAGCAACACAGAGCAUUCUUUCACGAUGGCCGCUAUACAAGGGACGUCUGCAUCGGUUCUGCUCUUUGACUAUGCUCAGUACACCUACGAGGAGCAGAUUGCAAGUAUUAUGAGCCCAACUCCGAGCACCAUACCCGCAACGAGCUCAUCUCAAACGACUUCAACACAGACCUCGAGUACACCGAGCACAUCAUCGUCUACUACGGGUACCUCCACGGCUCCUUCCUCCGAGCAAAGCAGCACGCCAUCUUCGCAGCCCGGGAGCACUGUUACAUCGAAUGGUCAGGUGAACUCCACUGCGGCUCAACAUCAUGAUGUGACUACAUCCGCCAGCACUAGUUCUUCCACGACUACAGUGGCCGCAAACUCAAAGUCAGGCAACGAUCCGCCCGUCAAUAUGAGUGUCGUGGUUGGUGCUGCAGUGGGGGGAUCCGUCGCGGUGAUUGUGAUUCUCGUCGUCGUGGUCGUUCUUUAUGUUCGAUGCAAGAAGGGGGCUCGGGUCCGAAUGUCUCCACCCAACACCCUCCGUAAAAGCCGCUACGACACUGUCUUCGAAGACGACGGCGAUGGCGAUGGCGAUGGCGACGAGCAGCAUACACCCACUCCGAACAAAGGCAAGAGCCCCGCCCGCAACGGUGUCAAGUUCGGUAGCGCGCCGCGACGGAGUCGGCCAGUCAUGAUCUUGACCGACCUCCGCGCAUCGCACGGCUCCAUGCCCAGCUCACACAGGUUCAACAGAGACAGCGAGGUCAGCUCCGCGGGCCUCCUCGGCACGCUCUCCGCUGCUGGAUCUCUGUCUGCGGAGGUGGACGCGCGGUCGGUCAUGCGUCAAAGCUCGGGCAGUAACCUGCGGAUGGGCGAGGAGUCGUCUGGAUAUGGGGCCGAAACGGACGUGCCUCCUUUGCCCUCAUCAACCGAGUCGUACCCCCCACCACCGACGAUCGAGCAGUCGUCUAAGGGCGGGAGCACGUCAACUGCGGAAAGACGGAACGGGACGGUGUGGCAGACGCAACUCGCGACAUUACGCAGCGAGAUGGCGGAGGAGAUCGCGCGGCUUCGCGAACAGACAGAGGCGAUCACAAUGGUACCGCCGCCUGCCUACAUGUAGCGGCUCGUUUGGUAAUGUCUCGCCAUUGUACCGUGUCACGCUUGGUGCCGUCAUUGAUCGUCUUGUAGAAACCGAAGCAUUUAGUAGUUGAUAGACUUGUGGCACAUUU